AUGCGCUCAUCCGACCUUACCGGGCAGGCCAGGAUGACGGAAUAUGCCAGCUCGGAACGGAUACCCUGCGGAACAGCUACACGCCACAUAUCCCAACAGAAUACCUCACGGAGAAAAUCCCUCAGAAAAGCGGUUCUCGGAAGAGAAGUUGUUAAGGAUAAAUUGGACGUGAUGGAGGACCUCAUAAGCGGUCCCCGACACUCCCAAUGUGGCCGGGACGCCCGUGGCGGCCUAGCCUUGCCUCCUGCCUCCGACAGUGAUUGUCGAAGCGAAGCAUCAGACGUCACUCCCUGGCCAACACUAGACGACCCAGAAGAUUAUGGCUCAAAUGAUGAGGAUGCUAUAGCCCAAGGAGCCACGGUAGAAGACUCACCUCGCCUAACACCAACCCCAAUCGCUAACUCAGCUUUAUCCUACAAAUCAGCCUCGACGACAGAUGAGGAUGAAGGGUUGCAUAUGCCUCAACCUACAACUUCUAGUUAUCGAUUAAAUAUGUCUCUAUCCUCCGGCCUCGACUCGUUCUUCACUAAUCGAAAGUCUACUUCUACAAGACCGCCAAGUCAGAUCGCGAGGACACCGCUUUCGUACUCAACCGUAGGUUUGGCAACAACAUCCGUUACAUCCGCGGGAGCAGACUGGGACUAUGGAGAGACGGAAACUUGGGGUUGGGUUGUCUUGAUCGUCACUUGGUUCGUUUUCGUUACCGGCAUGGGGUCUUGCUUUGGUGUCUGGAGUUGGGCCUGGGACGUAGGCACCACGCCAUAUGCCCCGCCAGAACUUGAAGAUGACCCAACUUUACCCAUAGUUGGGUAUUACCCAGCCUUGCUGAUCUUAACAUGUGUAAUGGCGUGGAUUUGGGUCAUGGUCGCAUGGGUCGGGAUGAAAUAUUUCCGUCACGCCAAGAUCUCUGGUGACUAG